GUAACGUUUCCUGUGUUUGUAAACUGUUAAAAUUGUUCCGACAAGAAAACAUUGGGCUACUGUAAACCGAGAAGAGUAAGUGAGUCCCAGAAUCUGACCAACCAAAUCCAAAGUCAACAGGGCAUUAACGCUCGGAUGUAUUCCUACCAUUUCAGUUUGACAGAACCAAUGAUAAUCCACUCCACUCAGUUUCAGUUUGGACCUGGUUUGUUUCCAGAUAUCAUUUAGGGACUCUUGACACCAGUCUGAAGCCAAAUUCUUAUGGCUUAAAAACACAGCCCCAUGAGCCUACAUAAACAAAGGCUUGGCAAUGCAGACAUGGAAAAGGUCUGAUUCAAGCAAAUAAAAGCUGGGAUUUGUCCAUGGUUGACAGCUUCUGUUAAUGGUGGGGUAGAUGUGUGGCAACAUCAUAGACAGAGAUGGAUAUUACCCUGGCUUUAUACCCCCACUCCCUUCUGUUUCCAGGCUUGGGCCCCUGAUGGUUGGGGCUUGUGUGGUCUCUAAACACUCUCCCUGCCCCGAGCGAAGCCCUCUGUACCCCACACACACACACACACACAUACAUACACUCUCACCACUGCGAUGUCACACCUUUCCAACAGCUCAGUGAGAGAUCACAUGAAAUGGGCUGGGUUGCUUGGCUGUGAAGCAGUGCUGUCCAGCAUGGCACUUAUGCAGGCCAGCUCCAUGCCCAGCCAUAAGAAGAUGGGCUCUCAUCUGGGCCAGGGACAGAGAGAAAACAAUCACAGCCACAACCAGAACACACACAGCCAACACGGCCUCAUGGUGCUUCCCUCAGGAGUCAGCUGCCCACCAUUGCUCAUCCGCAAGGAUGGAGAGUUUCACUCUUCCAGGCUUUUGGAUGAAAAAGACGUUCAAGUCAGCCAGAACGUGCAGCCAAAGAAGAAGAACAGGAAGUCUGGACUUCCCACCAAAAUGAGAGAAAAACCCCAGGUGGAGAUUCCUGACGUUAAUGACGAUAACUCACUCAGCUCUCAAGUGCAGAAGAACUUCAUAUGUGAGCACUGCUACAGUGCUUUCCGCAGUAGCUACCACCUCAAACGGCACAUUCUCACCCAUACGGGGGAAAAGCCAUUCGGCUGUGAUAUGUGUGACAUGAGGUUUAUUCAGCGCUACCACCUGGAAAGACAUAAGCGUGUUCACAGCGGUGAGAAGCCUUAUCAGUGUGACCGCUGCCAACAGAACUUUUCCAGAACCGACCGGUUACUACGGCAUCGACGUUUGUGUGCCGUGGGCAUCCCUAAAGAGGAGAACCAGCCGUGCUGUGAGGGACGGUCGUAUUCUCAGGACCCCUCUCAGCACUCGGCGUCCUGGAGCCCACUGCAGACAAACAACAGCAGGCUGGCGGCGUGACAGCCUUCCGAUCGCGUACAAACCACUUCCCAGGAAACGCAAUGGACUCGCCAACAUGACCUGACCGGGGAUCUGAGCCUGUAAACUGUUUAAAGACUCCAGUGUGUCCAGCUCUGAUCCCAGUGGACUCUUUUAUAUUGCUUAGACUCUGGGAAAUAGUGUAUUUUGUAUUUUAGAUGGUACUGUGAUCAGCAGGCUGGUUAGUUGUGCAUUCAAUACAGGCAAUAAUGAUUUCUGGUAGUUUAGAAAUGCUUUCUUGUGUAGAUCCCAUGCAGGACUGUAGAUUGUUGAGAUUCUCAGUGUUACGUUGUGCUCACAUUUAAUUUUGCAAGUAAAAUCCAGUCAUUUCAAUAGGAAUCUGCACAAUCCCAUGCAGAUUUUGCUUCUUUUUAAGUUGGUGACACAAAUUCGCUGCAUAGGCCAACAACAUUUCACUGAAUUUACGGAGAAGUCAGCUAUAGUGACAACAGACACAUUCUAAUACUUAUAGUAUACAUUUUUUCACUGUGCACAUUAAUAAAUCAUUUCCUGUUCUGUUUCCAGAUUUGAGGAAAUGUAGCAUUCCAUCUCUUGCUCACCAGUGGAUCCUCUGCAGUGAAUGGGUGCCGUCAGAAUGAGUGUCCAAACAGCUGAUACAAACAUAACAAUAAUCCACACCACUCUAGUCCAUCAUCUUUAGUCUAGUCCAUUUUUAAGACUCUUUGACCCCCAAACCAUUGCCUCCGGCUAAAAUACUCAUUUAUCUAUUAUAUUGCUUUCUCAAGUCGAAACGUUGUCUCAUCUGAAUCAGGAAAGAAAUAUGCACAGAUCACCAUUUAUAAGUUGAAAACAGUCCAAAACCGUUCUAAACAAAUAUGUUGGUGGAGUUUGAUGUGAGAGGAUAACAGGAAAUGUUUUUAUUUUUAUUUUUUUUGACUGGAGGAAGCGAUGUUAUGGAUUAUGAGCUAUUUUGGUUAAUAGUGAAAUCUUAAAAGUUAAAAAUGCUUUCAUUAAUUUGUUUCUUACAAACACACAGCUUUUCAGUUGACAAGACAUUAAUUGGUGAACUGGAGUGGUCUGCAUUGCUUGUGGAUUAUUGUGAUGUUUUUUUAUCAGCUGUUUGGACUCGGAGUCUGACGGCACCCAUUCACUGCAAUGGAUCCAUUGGUGAGUAAGUGAUGUAAUGCUGAAUUUCUCCUAAUCUGUUAUCUGAUGAAGAAAAAAACACAUCUAUAUCUUUGAUGGCUUGAGGAUGUAUACAUUUUCAGCAGAUUUCCAUUUUGGGGUCAACUAUUCUUUUUAAUUCUGUGAUAACAGCUCAUGGCCAUUGACAGUUUUACACAGGCUUUUAUGGUUUUAGCAGAAACAUCUGGAACAUCAUCCAUCCUAUACCCACAGGAGAGCUCGUUUCUUGGUGCGCUACAUUGGUGUCAAGCUUUUGAAGUUGGCCUUUCGGUUAUCAUUAACACUGAAUUUUCGUCGAGUAUUUGAGUAUGAAUGACAAAUUUCAUCGCAGUAUGAUGCGAUUCAUGCAGUAAGUCUGCUAGCAUCUCACUUCCUCUUCUGAAGUCACUGGAUUGACAAAGCCAAGCCAAGAAUAACAAAGAAAACCUUUUAACAGGUUGUACAGUUAAUAGAAAGACAGAUGUUAUAUAAAACCACCAGUUUUUUCGCAGAGGUCUUGUUAUGUUUCUUAUCGCGUGGCUCUUGAACACGGACUUCUGCCACACUCAAGCUUGAGUUAAUAUAUUUCUUUAGCAUUUUAAAUAAUUUAAAUAGAAACCGUAGUAGGAUUAGACUGCUGCCACUGUCAGACGUAGCAGAUUCACUGUAUUUUUUUAUGUGUACAUUUGCAUGUUCUUUCCGUUAUGCAUAUACAGUAAAAGGACAUGAACUACAGGUCAACUUUAUUCUGUCCUGUUAGACACUGUUAAUGAGUCCUAGGACCUCGAGCUGACAAUAAAUUUUCUUUUCUAAAAAAAA